GCUCGAGGGUUCCUGAUUACGCAAUUUUUAAAAGUCUUCAAAAUUCGGCCUUGUGAAAUAAUUUCCUCGAAAAAUUCUUCUUGUAUUCAACUAAAGAUAUGUCUCCUUCACCGAGCAAGAUCAGCCAGCGGACUCGGGUUACGUCCUGCAGCCUGGACUUCGUGCGGCCCGACUUACCCAGCAAGUGCACGUGGCACCACGGCGCUCCCGUCGACGAAUCAGUGCACCAGCACCCCAAGAGGGCCAAAGAUCCCAAAGUCCUGCCAAACGUGUUGCAUGCCAUCGGGAACACGCCCAUGAUUCGCCUCAACAAAAUUCCUCAGGAGUUCGGAAUCAAGUGCGAGAUGUUGGCAAAGUGUGAAUUCUUCAAUGCGGGAGGCAGCGUGAAGGACCGGAUCGGGCUCAGGAUGAUAGAAGAAGCCGAGCGACAGGGGACCAUCAAGCCGGGGUACACCCUCAUAGAACCCACCUCCGGGAACACAGGCAUCGGGCUGGCCCUGGCGGCGGCCGUGAAGGGCUACCGGUGCACGAUCGUGAUGCCGGAGAAGAUGAGCACCGAGAAGGUGAACGUGCUGCGUGCACUGGGGGCGGAAAUAGUGCGCACACCCACCAGCGCACGCUUCGACGCACCGGAGUCGCACAUCAGCGUGGCGCAGAAGGUCAACCAGCAGAUACCCAACAGCAUCAUCCUGGACCAGUACCGUAACCCUGGCAACCCCCUGGCCCACUACGACUACACGGCCGAAGAGAUCCUGGAGCAGUGCGAGGGCAGAGUGGACAUGAUCGUGAUGGGGGCAGGGACCGGGGGCACCAUCACCGGAAUAGGGCGCAAGAUCAAGGAGAGGUGCCCCAACUGCAAGAUUGUGGGCGUGGACCCCUACGGCUCCAUCCUUGCAGAACCAGAGGCCCUGAACGAGACAGAGACCUCCUUCUACGAAGUGGAGGGCAUCGGAUACGACUUUGUGCCCACUGUCCUAGACCGAACGAUAGUGGACAAGUGGAUCAAGACAAACGACAAGGAAUCCUUCCAGCUGGCUCGCAUGCUGAUCAAGAAAGAAGGGUUACUUUGCGGUGGCAGCAGCGGCAGUGCCCUGAGUGGAGCCCUGAGGGCAGCCAGGGAGCUGCGCGAGGGUCAGCGCUGUGUGGUGCUCCUCCCUGACGGGGUGAGGAACUACAUGACCAAGUUCCUGACAGACUCCUGGCUCACCGAGAGAGACUUCAUCGACAUACACCAGGAGAUGAGCGAGAAGCACUGGUGGUGGGACCUGAAGGUGUCCAGCCUCCAGCUGAGUGGGCCCCUCACCAUCCUGCCCCACAUGUCCUGCCAAGAUGCCAUCGACUGCAUGGUGAGGGAAGGAUUCGACCAGCUGCCGGUGGUCGACGACUCCGGGUGA